CAAAAUGAUACAAGUUGCUAAUUUCAAGUUGCUAAUCAAGAAUCGCAUUACUACCUAAUAUCAAAAAGUGGUAUGAAGAUAUGGUAUACGAUUACUUAGAGAUGUAAUGAGAGUAGUUUUAUGAAAACUUCACAGGCCAAACUUCCUAGGUUGAAGAUGAAUUAAUUUUUUUGACCUAUCUCGCAAACUUCUAUAAGAAGGAAGGAACACCCCGACCCACAUGACAACCAUUGUCCAAUGGGAACACACAUCCCAAGGAUCAUCUCUCAGUUUAGAAUAGAGGGAGAAGCAACAGCGGACAACGCAUAGGGAGGUUGGUUGAAAGACAAGACAAGAGGAGAGAUGUAUAGGAAAAAGUUGUUUACAUCUAUUUGUAACUGUAAUAUGAACGGACACGUAGCUGGAUUACUAUAGUCGUGGAGUUUGAGCAAUCGAGUCACGUCAACGCUACGAAACUCCACUCCCCCUCUUCUUAAAGAUGGAGCUGCAACAUACCCACUGUGUGACCUGCCUGAGUCAGAGGUGCAUGACCAGGCCUGAACCUGGUAUCUCCUGUGACCUGGUCACCUGCCCCUUGGUCUGCGGGGCCAUUUUCCACAUCUGCAAAGGACCCGAGCACCGCCUCCUCUGCCCCCUGGAGAGGGUGCCCUGCCUGAACAGUGGCUUUGGCUGCCCUGCCACCCUGGUGCGGACCCGGAUUCCCGCGCAUCUGGAGGUGUGCCCAGCGGGCGUGGUGUGCUGCACCAUGGAGUGGAACAGAUGGCCGAUCAGCUGCCUGGACUACACCUCAUACGAGAGCCUGAGCUGGGGGGUGGAGGAGACAGAGCAGCUGGACAUGGCGCUCGCCCUGCAGGACCAACACACACUGAUCGAGUCCCUCAAGGUGGUCGCCAUGGCGCCCACGGUUGAAAGACAGCCAACGGUUGUCGCCGUAGAGAGUGAGAAGGACACUGCUUCGGACUCAGCUGUGCUGGUGGUGGCCGACCCUAUAGCUGCCACUUCUGAGUCACCACCACCAUUGACGCCGCAGUCACCGCCACCAUUGACGCCGCAGUCACCACCACCAAUGACGACGCAUUCACAACCACCAUUGACACCACCGCUGGGCUCAGCAAAGGAUAAAAUUGCCAACGGAAUAAACGGUUUGAACGAGGAGCGGUAUAGCAAGCUGUACGAGGCCACAGUGGAGACGGCGAGGAGCCUUGCCGCCGCGUUGGACGUCCUCAGCAGCGCUAACAACACCUCUGAUAACAACACAGAGCAACACAUCAACGGAGGAGCAGUGCUGGAGCCUCAGCAUAGCGAGAACAGCAGUGACAGGAAUGAGGAGCUGCUGCUUCACAACAGACUGGAGGUCAAAGGUCCUGUAGCUGAGGGUGUGAAUUUGAAGGAGUGCUAUGGACAGCUGCACCAACUCCACCAGGCUACAGUCCAGCUAAGGAGGAGCCUGGUCACAGCCCUGGGUGACCUCGGCAACACAGUAAAAUACACAGACCCAAUCAAUGGAGCCCCCUCUCACCCUCAGGCGGAACCUAACAGCAGCUUCCACCAAUUGGAAGAUGCAGACUCAAUUAAUGUUGAGAUGAAAGAUGCUGAGGCAGGAUCAUCAGUCGGACCGCUGAGAGUGGUCAGCAGAACCGACAGUGAGGUUGCCAUGAAUGUUGUUGCUGAUGGCAACAUGCAGAUGGAGCUUUUAGGUAGGGCCUCAAAGAGUAUUGAGGGGAUGGAUGGACAGAGCCUAUGUAAUGGUUGUUUGAGUGGUGAAGGCUCCCAGAAGAGGCCACAGGAGCAGGUCUUAGGUUCAGAUUCAGCAGACCAGCAACAGCCUGGAACCAGUUGGUCCACCAGUGAAACAGUAUGCCUAGUCAAGGUGCAAGAUGACUUGAAUCUGUCACCUGUGCCUCAAGGGUCCUGUGUGUCUCAGUCACAGACACAACCCCAGUCUCACCCAGACCCUCCACUAGCACCACCCCUGCAUAUCCACCAGGGUAUUGCACACAGGGCCAGCCACGUGGUCCUAGAGGACAGAGGGCUGGAGAGGAAGUUCCAGAACCACCAGUUGCUCAGAGGCUUGGGCCAGUUUGCUCUGUCCAAUGGACGAAGGGUCCGGGUUAGGUUUAGACCCAAAAUGGAGGACAAGGCAGUGGAUACAUCAGACCUGGAGCAGGAGGACGACCCCAUGGGCCUGGGGGAGAUCGACCUGAUCACAGCAGCCCUCCUCUUCUGCCUGGAGGAGUCUCGCAAGUGCCGCAGGAUCUCUGAAACGACCUAUGUAGACGGCUUCCACGUCGACUUCGGCACGCAGACCUUCACUUUCCCAGCGGCCAUCUUGGUGACCAGCACAAGGGUGGGCGACGUAGCGUCUGCGGCUGCCUGCGACCACGCGCCCCAACUAUCCUACCCCAGCCCCUUCCGCACCCUCCGCCUGGACCUGGUUCUAGAGGAGGUUCCACAGAUCCGGAACAUGCCAUGUAAUCGUCUCCAGCAAAUGUUCUCCUUCGUUUGUGGCCAGCUGUUCCGCAGGGAUGAGUACUCCUCCCACUUCAAGAACGUCCACGAGGACAUCCACGCGGGCCUCAACGGUUGGAUGGAGCACCGCUGUCCCCUGGCUUACUACGGCUGCACCUACUCCCAGCGCAGGUUCUGCCCCUCAUCCCAGGGUUCAAAGGUCAUCCAUGACCGGAACCUUCGGUCAUUUGGGGUGCAGCCAAGCCCCGUUGGGGGGGAACCAUUGGGCGAGUCCCAAUCAGACCAGUUCAGUGGGCUUCCCUUUGAGGUGCUGGAACAUGUGGCCCGCUUCCUAGACGGCUUUAGCCUGUGCCAGCUGUCCGUGGUGUCGCGGACCAUGAGGGACGUGUGUGCUAGCCUGCUGCAGUCCCGGGGGAUAGUGGAACUACGGUGGGAGAGGAGGCAGUACCCAAACGGAACCUUCUCAUGGCAGAUCAAAGACAGGGUGUGGAGAUUCAGCACUGCCUUCAGCCCCGUUAGUGAGUGGCGGUUCGCCGAAGUCUCCAGCAUGUCCGACCAUCUGAGGACGUGCCGCUACAACACCGUCGAGCGCAAGAUGGAGGCUGUUCCACUGCCGUCCAUGUGCACAGCCAGAGACCGAUCCCUCCUCUCCAUCUUGAAACUCCAGGAGCAACACAUGACCUAACCUCUGUUAGCUACACUGUGUAAUUUAAUACCAUAGGUUUUGAUGUUACAUGUAUUUUUUUAUAUUGAAAAAUAAUGUGGGAGAAUCUCAAUUGCAUACUACUUGUGUCCUCUCCUUCUCAAAACCCAUUGGAGGAGAAGGUCAGAGAGGAGGGACCUCUGGCUUUCUCAUCCAAUGGGUUUUGAGGAGGAGAGGAUGUCAGCAGUAUGCAUUUGAGAUUCUCCCUGUGUCCCGUGUUGUAUGACGGUUGAAGAAGAGCCUUAAUGUAUGAAAUAAUACUUGAUCUGCUUGACACACGGUUACAGUAGGUUUCUUGACCUGCAAUGUAUCCAUACUAGAUGUAAAUUAGUACUAUUUAACUUGCAUGGUUUGUUGGUGUUUAAAUCGUGCCCCUAUUUUGGUAACAUGAUUUUCUUGGACAAAUACUGACUAUACAUAGAAAGAAAUAUAAAUAUUUUCACUGUCUUGCCUUUCAGCAAGUUAUUUUCCAUAUAGCACUUUAAUGACAUGUGCAAGUCCCUGGUCACUCUUACACCAAUGUACCAAAAGCAUCCUCAUUUAAAUGAAUAUGGUGGGGAUCAAUAUGUGAUAUGUGCAAACUGGACUUGAAGGACCAGUGGGUUGGACCAGAAAGUGACCACAACACACAAAGGAAGAGAAGUCAUGCGUGGCCACAUGGAGCUGUCCCAACAAUGCAUGUGAUUUUGUUGCUGUUUAAUAAAAUGAAUCUUCAAUAA